UCUAUGGAUUUAUGUCAUAUAACAUUGCUUGCCAAUGUGGUACUAUAUAUAUUAUAAUUCUCUUUGGUGGUACUUUUGUAUUAUACAAUAAUUUUUAUAAUUAUUUAUUUUUAACAAUUUAGAAUUACUAAACUUUGCUAUUUAUUAAACUCACAAUGCCUUUGAUGGACAUAACAAAUCCUGAUAUAAUAAAGUUUUUAGUUGAAAGCUAUGAUAAAACCACUCGUCUUCGGAUGAAAUGGAAUAAUAUUCAUGGGGACAAAUUGAAGGAAGCGGCUACAUUACACCGGAAGGAAAAAGGUUAUUAUGAGUUAGAUGUCUUGAAAGAAACUAUGAUAGGCGGCAUGGUUACCAUCGCAAGAGAUCACCAAGUGGCAGCGUCAAACAGAAAACUCAAAGCUGUUAUCGACACUACUCACACUAAUUGCAUAGAAGAUUUGAAAAAGGGCCAUUCAAUACCCGAAGUUGGUCUCGGUGACCCUAAAGACGAUCCAAGACUCGCCCGACCUGACAAAGACCUUACCAGGGACCCAAUAAUGCGACCUAUUGAUCCGAAGCAAAGACAAAUUAUCUACAAAGACAUUCCGACGUACGGGCGGGCAGUCUAUUUGAAAAGCAGGUAUAAAAUCGCACCGGAGGAGAAAUUCUAUUUUAGUGAGUGCAGUGGAUGGGAUUACGGGUGGAGGUUGGGUGACAGUUACUUUCAAAGGAAUGCUCCGACACAUGGCCGCGUGUGGCGCUAUACUCGCGGUGUUAUCAGCCGCACUGGACCCCAUCCUGACCCCAUACAUUACAGAGAUGGUGAUAUACCAGAGCUUAAUAAAUGUACUUACUAAUAUUACUAUUUUAUAUCAAUUUAUAAAUUCUAGAUAAAUGUUGUAUUAUCAAUCUGGAGUUGAUUUUAUUAAUAAAAACCGAUGUGUACUUUAA